AUACGUUCCCUAUUACACAAUACAGUAGAUAAAGGUUCGAUCGAUGCCCAUAUAAAGUCCGGUCUGAAGCUUUUGCUAUAAUUGAGGAGUAUCGUCAUAUCGUCGCUAAAUGUCUAGGGAAUAAGGGACCAUGUCCCAUUUGGAGGGACCUUCCAUGUAUUUGCGGUUUGACUCAACGGCAGUCACCAAGUUUUCUGUAUAUUUUUUAAGGUUAUUGUUUGUCUUGAAGCUAUAACACGUUUAAUUUUAAGUGUAGGAUAGUCAUUACUAUAGAUAUUGUAGAGUAGUCUAUCAGUCUGAGAAUACUGUAGUUAGCACAUCAUUGCAGAAGCUCCUGAGGUGGGAAAGCUCAUACCAAAAUUUUACUUUAACUAUGAUGGGUCUACCCGAUAAGAAUUUGAAAAUUAUAAUUUGCGUUAAUACGGGGGUAGGACCUCUUGUGAGUCCGCACGGGUAGGUACCACCAUCCUGCCUAUUUCUGUCGUGAAGCAGUAAUGCGUUUCGGUUUGAAGGGCGGGGCAGCCGUUGUGACUAUACUGAAACCUUAGAACUCAUAUCUCAAGGUGGGUGGCGGCAUUUACGUUUUAGAUGUCUACGGGCUUCGGUAACCACCAAACACCAGGUGGGCUGUGAGCUCGUCCACCCAUCUAUGCUGUGAAAAAAAACUCAUUGAACAAACCAGUCGGUUUCUAAGCUUAGACUCGUCCAAUACUAAUUUCAACCCUAACAUAGGUACUGUUACAUAUGCCCCUCAGUAAUAACGUAAUAUAAAUAAUAAUGCCGACUAAGGCAUUCUUGAAUGCAUUGUCUCUAUAUAAAGACAAUAUAUUGCUUAAACGCGGCAGAACAGAUUUGGCUUGAGUAGCGGAAACAUAUAUCCUUUGUACUACUUCUUUAAUAAAAUAAACUCCGUGCCAGUCACCGUGUCCUUUUUUAAAAAGAGCUCCUGGACCCACCCCGUAACAGUGGUGUCAGAAGUGGGAUAGUCAGUACGUUACACUGGCUAUCCGGAUUGUCUUGAGCUCUUGAUUCUACGUUGCGCUCAUUGCCGCUGCUCUCAUCAUCAAUAUCGUAAAGGAAGAAAACCUGCAAAAUAUCUUCAACGCCAUCUUCAACAUCGUGAGAAAGAAAAACUUACAAAAAUCUGCCACAUCAUACCCGCUCGUGCCGGUCAGUAUUGAUCGGCUGGUGUCAACCUGACAAAAACACGCAAAAACCAAUAAGACGUCCUGCUGGUUCCUGUGAAACAAGCCCGAAGAUUCGCCCGAAGCUCCAGUACCCGUGAAAAUUCAAGCCGCUGAUUCGUCCCUACUGCACCAGUUCCUGCUGACUCGUUCCUGCUAAGCCGUUUGCAACGUUCCUGCUGACUCGUUCCUGCCAAGCCGGUUCCUGCCGUUUGCGACAUUAAGACUUCCAGUAUAAGCCUGCCAAACGCCUUGCUGCCAUCCCAUCAUCCGUGCGUACUCCGAUGAAGUUAACAGCUCUGAUAUUCUUGCGGCCCAUCUUAGUGCUAUGUACAAGUCAUCAAAUCAUAACCCAGAUAACAGAUAGUCCCGGUCUAUACUACGAUAGACUAUCUGACGUCAAAUUUACUAAUGAUAACUGGAAUGUUGUAACUUAUUUAAAUACUAAUAACAUACAGUCUCAUCUUGAUAAAGUAGAUCAAUUAUUUGAAAAAGUAAACUCUUUCUGUAAGGACUUCGAGUCCUCCAAAGUCCAGUUCGAUUGCAUGAACGCCAUUUCGUCAUUACAAAGUCAACACGAUAAUAACAUCAAAAAGUUUGCAUCUGUAUCCUAUCUUACUAGUAGUCGACAAAGUAGAUCAAAACGUGGGCUACUCGACUUUGGUGGCUCUGUUCUUAAAACAUUCUUUGGCACUCUAGAUUCCAACGACGGUGUCAAGUUCUCUGAUGCUAUCGACCAAGUACAGUCAGACGAAAAAGCUUUAGCGCAUCUUAUGCGUGAUAAUAUACAUGUGAUAAAAUCUACAAUUUCCACAUUUAAUAAUUCAAUGUUAAAAUUCAGUGAAAACGAGAAACGUCUAAAUAAAAAUCUAGAAAUCAUAAAUUCGGCAUUCGAAUAUAUUAUAAAUUCUAACGAUAAAUUACAAAUAAAAACAAAAUUUAAUUCUUUAUUCCAGUCCUUAGAAAGUAUAAUCAUUGCAUUGUCUUUCGAUAUCGAAGACAUAAACAACGCUAUUUUAUUUAGUAAAAUGAAUAUUUUGCACCCGACUGUACUCAGCCCAUAUCAAUUAUAUGUCGAGUUGGAGAAACAUAUAAAUGACCUACCUAAGCAUUGCGAACUUCCUAUAUCAAUAUCUUUACAGAACAUUCACGAAGUUAUCGAUAUUUCUAAACUAGUAUGCUACUAUCAUAAUAAUCGUAUUAUCACUAUAAUUAAGAUACCCCUCGUGUUACCUCAAGUCUAUAACCUUUACCAUAUUGUUCCUAUGCCAGUUCCUUAUGACUUAACAAAACCAGACACUUAUGCACUUAUAGCACCAAACAAGCCAUACAUGGCAUUAACAACAGAUCGUAUGCUUUACUCACUGUUAGAAGACUUAGACAAGUGCAAAUUCGUGAGUGAAAAGUGUUAUAUUUGUGAAUUGGGUAAUGUGUAUUCGACGCUUGCGAACCCAACGUGUGAGACAGUUAUUUUAACCGAAGCUGUCAAUAAAGUUCCAAGUUCAUGUUCAGUAAAACUCUUAAGGGGUCACGUAGAUUCCUUCUUUAAACUUAAUAAAAAUAGAUGGAUAUUUGUUCAAUCUGAGCCUGGAAAAUUACAUGUAACCUGUUCUAGUAAUAGUCUCAACUAUGAUUAUGUUUUGUUAGGAACAGGAAUAAUGUCCCUGUUUAAAGACUGUAAAGCUUUCUUCAAAACUUUACAAUUUUCGUCUAGUGAAACACUUAUUUCUAAUGUAACAACUCAAGUAGCUAACUUCAACAUUUUGGAAGAUGAUUGUUGCGAACGUACAAAACUAAAUAAAACUUUAGCUAGACUUCCCUUGUUAAAAUUAAAUAACCUUAAUAAUUUAGACUCAUUGUUACACGCCAGUAUUCAUCUAGAUACUCUAGAAAAAGAAUUAAAUCAUUUGGAAAGUCCUUCGCACUUUCAAAAAUAUGCUGUUCAUUAUAUGUCUAUAAGUUAUUCUCUUACUGUUCUGUUUUUCUUGUACCUUAUAUUUAGAUUUCGUAGAUGGUUUUGUUCAAGUAAACAUAAUUCUCAUUGUUGUAUACAAAUCUUUAAUCAAUGCAACAAAGAUCGUAAAAACGAUCAUAGUAAUGUUACACAAACUGUGCAAAUAAAUAGUGAAAAAGAUUAUUCAUGUCCUAGGCCUUUUAGGAGAAAUCUUAUGUUGUCAAAUUCGUCUAAUAAUGUCGUCGUCGAGUAAUGUUAUAAUAAAUUAUAUUCUUUUAAAUAAAUUGUAUAAGUUUAAUUAAUAAUUUUAAUUAAGACCUUUAUUAAUUAUAGAUUUACUUACUAUAUCCUGUUUUCGUAUUUUACUUAAUAGUUACUUAAGUGUUUUUGAUAUUGUACUUAAAGUUUAUUUCUUUAAGAUAUAGUUACUAUUUCAUUUUAAGUACUUACUUGUUUUACCCUGUAUCGUAUGUUUUAGUUUUCCUAUUUUGUUAUCCAAAACAAAAGCCAAAUUCUAUACUUACCGCUCUAGUUUAUCUCAACGUCAACGUCCGUGACCAUUCAUCGGUGACGAUGAAUCUUAAGGAGGGGGAUGUUACAUAUGCCCCUCAGUAAUAACGUAAUAUAAAUAAUAAUGCCGACUAAGGCAUUCUUGAAUGCAUUGUCUCUAUAUAAAGACAAUAUAUUGCUUAAACGCGGCAGAACAGAUUUGGCUUGAGUAGCGGAAACAUAUAUCCUUUGUACUACUUCUUUAAUAAAAUAAACUCCGUGCCAGUCA